AUGAGGUUCUCUGCGUUUUGGGCUGCUUGUGCCCUGUCUUUCGCUGCCCACGCAGUGGAAGACGUGGACUCGAGCAACACUUCAAUCCAGAGCACCACUCCUUCGCCUAUUCCUUUCUCUACCUCAUCCCCAUCUGCCCCCACCGUCCACGAUUCCCGCGGCAUUCCCAAUGCCCAUGUUCUUGUGGUUAUCUCCACCAGCAUUGCCACCAGUACUAUUACUCUCGAUAGCAAGGAGAAGGGUGAUUCCACCACCUGCCUCACCUACACCACUCUCAUUACCCACACCUACACCAGAACCAGAACGACUCAGACUGGUGACUCUAGCAUUAACACCGGCACUGCCACUGGCGAUUCUCCUCUCGUAACCUUGAGCGUCACGAGUGUUCCCAAUCUCACAACCUCCGGUGUUACUAUCGAUCCGGAUGGAAGUAACACUGAGGGAGCUGAUCCCAUUGCCGCCAGUCAUACUGGGACAAGUGACACUGGCAGCUUCAGUACCGGCGUUUCUACUGGCACCAACACUGAUGUCGCCAGCGCGAGCGAUACUAGCACUGCUGCUGCCGAAAUCACAAACCCUGGCUCGAGCAAUGGAAGUAGUACUACUGACGACGGCACUACUAAUACCAGUGUGACUGGCACUUCCAACAACCCCGGGACCGGUACUGUUACGGGGAAUGCUACUACUGAGACCGAGACGGAUGCUGCCACUCCCACGGAUCCUGGCGCAACAAACCCUGGAGCUGCCACCGGCGGCGAUACAUCUUUCCAGACUUCAUUUACCUCGAGCACGCCCGACCCUAGCACCACUACUGGGCUCAGCCAUCCUUCGUCCACCAAGCCUCUGACCCACUCGACAGCUAUCUCUAGCCCGACUACGACGAGCGAUGACAGCAAUGGCACAUCUUCCAAGCCUCCUUCCGCCUCGACCUUCAGCACACCUGAAAGUGUUACUAGCACUGUCGAGGCCGGUCAACCUUCGUCUAGCGAGACUUUGCCUAGUUCAUCGGUCAUCAGCACGGCUACAACAGAUGAGGACGGUACUACUCAGGUUGUCACAGCCACUCCAGACCUGAUCACUACGUCUACCGCCGCGGCUCUGGUCACGACAUCAAUUAAUGAAGAAGGCGAUCCAAUCCUCGUUCCCAUUAUUAUCCCGACGACCACGGGGCAAUCCAUGCCUAAUGUGAUCAGCACAACUACGACUACAACCGAGGCAGACGGCAAUAGCAUGACUGCUCCUCUUGUUAUCUCAACCACCAUAAUACAUACUGUUUCUGAUGAGAUCACUACGACUGAGGAAGCUGGCGGUAUUGUACCUGUUCCUGGCCUGAUUACUACGACUGAUGGAAGUGGAGGUAUCAUAACUGCCCCCAACGGUGUUACUUUAACCAAAACCGGCACUGCUCCUCACGGUAUUGUGACUGCUACGACUGAUGAAGCCGGCGGUACCCUGCCUAUGUCUGGCUUUAUUACUACGACUGAUUUAGAUGGAGGUAUCGUGACCACCCCUCAGGGUGUCGCAAUGACUACAACUGAUGCCAAUGGUAUUGUUGGAACUGUCUAUCCUAGCGCCACGACGACCGACCACCCCAUCGCGAUUGCGCCUCUCCCAGGCUACUUGAUCACUUCCAGCAUGUCUUCCAUCUCCUCCGAAUUUCGAAAACUUCUCCCCCUCUUCACUUCCUGGGAAAAGGAUCCGAGCCCUCCCCUCCAGACCCAUAUCAUCAAUGGGAUCAAUGGGAUCAAAGGCAUUGAUGGAAUCAAUAUCGAUAUCAAAGACCUUUUCCCCAAGUUGGGCAAAAGCUCUGCUCCGGGAUGCUCCUCAAAGAGGAAGCGAGGACUAUUCGAUGGCUUAUUGGACUUGGCCGGUGAUGCAAUCGAUACAUUCGCCAAUGCUCUAAGCUGUAUUACGGACAACUUGAAGCGCCUAAAGACAGAGCUCGAAGGGAAGAACAUCAAGGGUGUCAAAGGUAUCUUGGACAACUUGAUUUCGCCAGAUCCAAGCCCAAAUACCCCGGAUGACAACCUGCCUGACGAUGAUCCCAGCUCAUCUACUUCAUCCACUUCAACAACUUCGUCCUCAUCUUCGUCAACCUGCACUUCGGACAAAACGGCAUACCAAGUCACGGUUCUCUGCCAACCGACUCCGAUCACUUUGGAUGGCUCAAUAGUCUCAACCACUACUUGCUCUCCAACAACGACCAUCACGACUAGUGGCUGCUCGGUCGCUGAUACUACUACCACCAUUACCGAAACUCCAACCUCGACCCCGAAUAGAGACAAAGGGUGCGCGGCCGACUCAUGCGGCAAGAUGUGCUCUGCCGGAGGUAUUAGUGGAGGCUGGAUAACACUUGGGCCGAUCAACUGUGCACGUCUUUCAACUAGUACAGUCGCCGCGCUGCCAACCGCAAGUCAGGGUGCCAUCUCGUUUGCCUCAAAUCGCUCCCAAAAGGAAUUCAUUCUCGUGAAACCUGUUGGCGACCCCCCGGCUGAGGAUCCUCUCGCCGGACCUCCGACUGAGAAACCCCUUCCCGAUCUUGACCCCGGCAGCGAUCUGUUGAACGAGUACCUGACUGACAUCUCCCAGCGCAUGGCUCGCGAGACACAGUGGCUGCUCUAUAUGCGUGUAGAUGUGAGGGGAAAGUGGUAUCCAUUCACAGAACAAAGGACAGCUGCUGGCGUGGGCCCCUUGUACGGAUGUACAUCGGUGUUCAUUUUCUCGAGGAUGGGCGCCUACCUCGCGCACAUAUAUGAGAAUCCAGUCUUCAUAAUGGACGACGAGGAGGGCUUUUUCGAGACACCCGAUUUUCACUUCCAAAAAUGGUCAUUCAACGCUCUUGCUCACGGCGGAUCCGAAUUCCCUGGAGUUGAGCCAAUCCAAGCCUUGGUCGGGACAGAUGAGAACCCCGGGCCUCUGCACUACUCACUCGAGCCCAGGGUCUUUGUAGUCACGCCGUUCGAGGAGGGUCUCAAGGAGGGUAACUUGGAGUACGAAGAUCGCGCAGUAUGGCUAACAGACCAGUUUCGUGACUUUCUCUAUCCCCAUGGGUGCGCGGACCAAAACCAACCCUUGCUAGCAGGAUAUGAACAGGUUGGAAAACAGGAAGCUCAGAAACUUGACAAUCCCGCAGGCAAGGCCAUUGUUGAAGCUACACCUAUACAGUUCUGGAUGGAGACAGGAAACCAGCAGCUUGCUGUUGGUCGUUGGCGACUCUGGGUUGGUGGGACGAAAUUUGCCCAGUACGAUUUCUGGGAUCCCAAGUCUGUGUCUACAAGAGAUACCGAUGGCAGUGCCACUACAAGUACCGGUGGUCAGGCCGUUGUUCGAGCACGACAACUUGGCGGUCCUCAAGGAGUAUGUCCGGUCUCUUUCUCGUCGACCAGCACAACACCUAGCACUUUUAUCACCACCACGAAGUCAUCCACCACUGAGUCGUUUACUACAACUACAACCACGACCAGAACCAGGCCCCAUGGUCCGGCAGGCCAACCACCCGGAUUCGCCCCUCCAACGGCAACAGUCACCAGACCCCAUGGUCCUGCAGGCCGACCCCCUGGUUUCACUCUCCCAACCGCUCCCCACGAACCACCGACUACAACAACAGCCGACCCUAACACGCCUCCCCAGCCAAUCCCCGCCACCCCGCUUCCCCCUAUCUUCUGUUACGAGGAAGAAAACGUCAAGCCAGCCCCCAUCGACGAAGUUGCCGUCCAACACCUUGCCGAUUUCUGCUCCCGCGGGCUAAAGGGCGACGAGCUCAACUUAGGGCCCGGCUCGAAACCUGUAAAAAUCAAUGCCGCUUCACCUAAGGGCUUCCCGUUCUACUACGUCGACAUCUCGUACGUUGGUAGUUGCUCGGACGGGACAGCACCGCGUCAGAAUCCACAGUUUCCCAUGGUCGGGUAUACCUGUGCUUCGAUUGUCACGGAGAUCUUCAAGCUCACGACUUGUGAUACGAAGAAUGGGUACGGUGGGGAGAUCAUCAUGGGAUGUUUAAAGUAUGCGGCAAGGAGUUUUGGUGGAGGCAAGGAGACUUGA